AAAAUCUUAAAGCAUUUUUAUCAUUCUAAAGAUAUCUUUAUAGACACAUUACUUAUAAUUAUAUCUUUAGCAUAUUUCAUAGAGAAGAAUAGUAAUAGCAUUUUGCAGUUAUUUAUGGUAGUCAAAAUACUUGAUGUUCCAAAAAGAGUUGGAUUAAUAUUAGAUAAAUUAGAAUUGGCUACAAAUCAUUGGGCAAUUUAUGAUUUAAUAAGGCUAUUGUAUUUGAUUGUAUUAGAAGCUCAUGUUUUCUGUUGCUUUUUAUAUUUUGUAGGCAAAUAAAAUACAAGAACUUCGUGGAUAAUUCAAGAGCAUCUUGAAGAUGCUGAUCUUAUAACAAGUUAUGUAAGACAUUAAAAAUAAUUAGAUAACAACAUUUUAUUGGAGUGUUAUUACAAUGACUACAAUUGGUUAUGGUGAUUUUGCUCCAUCAAAUUUAAAUGAAAGAGUUUUAGUCAUUUUUGUAGCUAUAACCUCCUGCUGUACAUUUGGUUUCUUUGUAUCUUCAGUUGGAUAAAUAAUAAAUUCUAUUUAAAAAAAGGAUUAACAAAUAAGAUUAGAUUUGAAUGACCUUAAAAAAUAUUUAAGGAUCAGAGGAUUUAAUUCAGAAUUGCAAAUAAAGGUAAGAAGAUAUUUCGAAUAUUUAUGGAAUGAUUGUUUGGGCUAGGAUUAAAUUGAUAUGAUGAAAUUAUAACAAUAAUUACCAAGUAAUUUAUUCAAUGUAAAUAUAAAUUAUAUUAUUUAAGGAAAUGAUCCUAGAUCUCAAUAUGAAAAGCAUAUCAAAGAUUCCAUUUUUUCACGAAAACUUUAAUUCUGACUUUCUUUAGGCACUAGCGGCAGAUUUUUAGGAAGAACGUUUAACUCCUUGGUAGAGUAUCUUUACUAAAGGAGAAUAAAGUCAAUUUUUAUUUAUUUUAUGUGAAGGAGAAGUUGAAUAUUAUGUUUAAUUGCCUGAAGGAUCAACUAAUUCUGUUUCAAUUUAAAAAAUCGAUGGUUUAGAUGAAAUAUUUGGAUAAUAAGAUUUCUUGCUUGAUUAACAUUAUUCAAUAAAUUGUAGAACAACAAAACCAACUAGGAUUUUAAAAAUAAGUAAAGAAAAUUUUUAGUUAAUAGCUAAAAAAUUUGGAUAUGUAAUAAGUGUUUAUUAAUUUUAUAGGAAAAAUAUUGUUAACUCAAAGAUUUAGUGAAAUUUUCAGGUCGAUUCGAUGAAUUUCACAUUUAAUGUAUUGGAUGUAGUAAAUCAACUCAUUUAUUAUACAGUUGUCCAAUGCUUACAGGUUUCCCUAGUAGAACAAAGACUUUAUUAAAGUAUAAAAAGAGGUUUUUGUAAGAAAGAAGAUAUAUUGAAAGGAAGAAUCAUUUAAAGCGUAUUUCUACUUUAAGUUUUGAAAGUAAGAUAGCUGAUAGUGUAUUAUACCAUCUUUUAAAAGAUCCUAAAAUGCAAGAACAAAUUAACAAUCAAAUUAAACGAACUACUCCUAAAAAUUAUGAAGGAAUUAGAUAAAAAUCAAAUAAGAAAUUAUCGAUUUAACCGAAGAGAAGAAUUCCAGUAUUUUUAAGUUAAGAAUUUUCAAGAUCACUUGAAGUCAAUUAUAAAGAGAGCUUGGAUAUCAAAAAUCUGAAUGAUACAUUUAAUUAAUAAAAAAAAAUAACAGACUUUGAUUAAGAAUUAUCAAGAGAUGAAAGCAUCAAUAUUUCAAAAGGAUUAAAUAAAUAAUUUGUAACUAAAGGUACGUAAAGCAUAACUUUAAUUAAAAAUCAAGAUAUAAUAGAGGAAAAUGAAUAAGAAACAGAUANGAUGAAAUUAUAACAAUAAUUACCAAGUAAUUUAUUCAAUGUAAAUAUAAAUUAUAUUAUUUAAGGAAAUGAUCCUAGAUCUCAAUAUGAAAAGCAUAUCAAAGAUUCCAUUUUUUCACGAAAACUUUAAUUCUGACUUUCUUUAGGCACUAGCGGCAGAUUUUUAGGAAGAACGUUUAACUCCUUGGUAGAGUAUCUUUACUAAAGGAGAAUAAAGUCAAUUUUUAUUUAUUUUAUGUGAAGGAGAAGUUGAAUAUUAUGUUUAAUUGCCUGAAGGAUCAACUAAUUCUGUUUCAAUUUAAAAAAUCGAUGGUUUAGAUGAAAUAUUUGGAUAAUAAGAUUUCUUGCUUGAUUAACAUUAUUCAAUAAAUUGUAGAACAACAAAACCAACUAGGAUUUUAAAAAUAAGUAAAGAAAAUUUUUAGUUAAUAGCUAAAAAAUUUGGAUAUGUAAUAAGUGUUUAUUAAUUUUAUAGGAAAAAUAUUGUUAACUCAAAGAUUUAGUGAAAUUUUCAGGUCGAUUCGAUGAAUUUCACAUUUAAUGUAUUGGAUGUAGUAAAUCAACUCAUUUAUUAUACAGUUGUCCAAUGCUUACAGGUUUCCCUAGUAGAACAAAGACUUUAUUAAAGUAUAAAAAGAGGUUUUUGUAAGAAAGAAGAUAUAUUGAAAGGAAGAAUCAUUUAAAGCGUAUUUCUACUUUAAGUUUUGAAAGUAAGAUAGCUGAUAGUGUAUUAUACCAUCUUUUAAAAGAUCCUAAAAUGCAAGAACAAAUUAACAAUCAAAUUAAACGAACUACUCCUAAAAAUUAUGAAGGAAUUAGAUAAAAAUCAAAUAAGAAAUUAUCGAUUUAACCGAAGAGAAGAAUUCCAGUAUUUUUAAGUUAAGAAUUUUCAAGAUCACUUGAAGUCAAUUAUAAAGAGAGCUUGGAUAUCAAAAAUCUGAAUGAUACAUUUAAUUAAUAAAAAAAAAUAACAGACUUUGAUUAAGAAUUAUCAAGAGAUGAAAGCAUCAAUAUUUCAAAAGGAUUAAAUAAAUAAUUUGUAACUAAAGGUACGUAAAGCAUAACUUUAAUUAAAAAUCAAGAUAUAAUAGAGGAAAAUGAAUAAGAAACAGAUACAUUGGAGGUUAAUACUAUUUUAAUUGAUAAUUAAAGUAUAUAUUUGAACUAUAAAAAGAUUAAUUUUAAUAUAUGGCAAGAUACAAGGACAUAUUUGAAAACUUUGAUUUGUAGAGAGAUUUUGAUUAAUACAUGCAUCACAUGAAUUUUAACGAAAUAUAAAAAAAUUUUCAAAGAAAUAAUGAUUAGGAUAGUUUCCAUAAUUUUAUAGAUGCCAAUAUCGUAAGAAGAAAAUGGAAAAAAUCAAAAAUGGUUGUUGUUUUAGAAUCUUGA